AUGGCAACGAUGUCAUCAGAUCCUCUUGUGGUUGGGAGAGUUAUUGGAGACGUUGUUGAUUACUUCUCCUCCAGUGUAAGAAUGACAAUCACAUACAACUCGAACAAGGUGGUGUAUAAUGGGCAUGAGCUAUUUCCUUCCUCAGUAACCAUCAAGCCUAAGGCUGAAGUUCAUGGAGGCGAUUUGAGGAGUUUCUUUACACUGGUCAUGACGGAUCCAGAUGUUCCAGGCCCUAGUGACCCAUACCUGAAGGAACACUUACACUGGAUUGUGACUGACAUCCCAGGCACUACUGAUAACACAUUUGGAAAGGAGGUGGUGAAAUAUGAAAUGCCAAGGCCAAACAUAGGGAUCCACAGGUUUGUGUUUCUUCUGUUCAAGCAGAAAGGCUGGCAGACAGUGAUCCCUCCUGCAUCAAAGGACCACUUCAAUACCCGAAAAUUUGCAGAGGCAAAUGACCUUGGCCUUCCUGUGACUGCUGUCUUCUUUAAUGCCCAAAGAGAAACUGCUGCAAGGAGACGCUAAAACAAUAGCACUAACCGAAAAAAUCAGCUCUGCUCUCCAAGUUGUACCUUGAAAUGGAUUGUUUACAAUAAUUAGUAGGGGACCGGUCGGUUUAAAAUUUGUGCUAAGUGCACCCUCUUGCUUUAUUAACCUAACGAAAGUUUGUAAAUUUAUGGUUGUGUACUUUAUGUGAC